GCUCCUCCGCGCCGCAAAGUAGCGCCCCUCCGGCGCGACUCCACCGGCCCUUCAACCGCUCACUGGGGAAUGAAGUCCACUUACGUCAUCCGUUCGCCCACUCUCCUUUAUUUUUUGCAUCGUCGGCCACCUAACUGAGGAUAAAGGGGUCUCGAGAAGAGAUGGAGGGGAGGGGGUUGGCCGGGACUCGUUUGUGAUGUUCCGUUAUCUGGCGUGUGGCGGAGGGAUCUGGCGGAGGGAGGUGUUUAUGAGGCGCUGGGGGCGGAGGAGGAGAAUUAGUCCGAGUGGAGGAAGCGAGCUGAGUGGUUGUGUUUUCGCGUCCCAGAGACUGGUAGCGCUUGCAGCAUGGCUGACCAGCUGACUGAAGAGCAGAUUGCAGAAUUCAAAGAAGCCUUUUCACUAUUUGACAAGGAUGGUGAUGGAACUAUAACAACAAAGGAAUUGGGAACUGUAAUGAGGUCGCUUGGGCAGAAUCCCACAGAAGCAGAGUUACAAGACAUGAUAAAUGAAGUAGAUGCUGAUGGUAACGGCACAAUUGACUUCCCGGAAUUUCUGACAAUGAUGGCAAGAAAAAUGAAAGACACAGACAGUGAAGAAGAAAUUAGAGAAGCAUUCCGUGUGUUUGAUAAGGAUGGCAAUGGCUAUAUUAGUGCAGCAGAGCUUCGCCAUGUGAUGACAAACCUUGGAGAAAAGUUAACAGAUGAAGAGGUUGAUGAAAUGAUCAGGGAAGCAGAUAUUGAUGGUGAUGGUCAAGUAAACUAUGAAGAGUUUGUACAAAUGAUGACAGCAAAGUGAAGAAGACAUUGUACAGAAUGUGUUAAAUUUCUUGUACAAAAUUGUUUAUUUGCCUUUUCUUUGUUUGUAACUUAUCUGUAAAAGGUUUUCCCCUACUGUCAAAAAAAAUAUGCAUGUAUAGUAAUUAGGACUUCAUUCCUCCAUGUUUUCUUCCCUUAUCUUACUGUCAUUGUCCUGAAACCUUAUUUUAGAAAAUUGAUCAAGUAACAUGUUGCAUGUGGCUUACUCUGGAUAUAUCUAAGCCCUUCUGCACAUCUAAACUUAGAUGGAGUUGGUCAAAUGAGGGAACAUCUGGGUUAUGCCUUUUUUUUCCAAGUAGUUUUCUUUAGGAACUGUCAGCAUGUUGUUGUUGAAGUGUGGAGUUGUAACUCUGCGUGGACUACGGACAGUCAACAAUAUGUACUUAAAAGUUGCACUAUUGCAAAACGGGUGUUUUAUCCAGGUACUCGUACACUAUUUUUUUGUACUGCUGGUCCUGUACCAGGAACAUUUUCUUUUAUUGUUACUUGCUUUUUAAACUUUGUUUUAGCCACUUAUUGAAAAUCUGCGUAUGGCACAAUUUGCCUCAAAUCCAUUCCAAGUUGUAUAUUUGUUUUCCAAUAAAAAAAAUUACAAUUUACCCAA